UGAUUGUUAAUUAUUUAGAUUAUAUGUAAUAAUAUUAUUAUUGGGCUAAGUAAACGCGCGCAUGAAUAAAAAAAAAUAAAAUAAAAGGCAAUGGAUCGAAGAAUAGAGGGUGAGAGGGCUUGUGUGUGGACUGUGUUUUAUGUUUUUCUACUAUAUACAUGUACUAGAAAAAUAAAUAAAUAAAUAAGUAAAAUAAAAUAAUGAUAACAAUGUAAAAGCUCUCCACCAUAUCACCAAGCGCUAGUAGUAUAGUAUAGACCAGUAUAGCCAGUAUAGACUAUAGACGUAAAGCACAAGUAGGGGUUGAAACAGGCUGAAGGGGUGAAUGUCAUGACAUCGGAUUUCGAAAUGGCCGGAACAGGCUGGAAUAACCGCAGUUCGAUUCAAGACACCGGCCGGCUCGUUCAUUCAUUAUAUAUUAUAAAUACAUCGCUAAGUUGUUGAUUUUUUUUCUCGUUAUUUUUAUAUAUUUUUCGCGUCUACUUGGGAGCUUUAUUCUCCAUCUCAUGCGAUUAUUGUAUUAUUAAUAUGGAUAAUAUGUAAAUGUGUGAUGUGUCACGUGUGUGAUGUGGAACAUGAAAAAUUGAAAGAAAGAAAAUAAUAAAACAAAACAAAACAAAAGUGUUUUUGACUCAAACUUGUUAUAUAUUGUGGUGAAAAAAAAAAAAUUAAAAGUAUAUACUUAGUGAAAUUAAAAAUCAACAAUAAUUAAUCAAAUUGAGUACAAAUAAAAAAAAUAAAAUAAAAUGGCAGUAAAAUUAUUAUAUUUAAUAAUAAUAAUUACAUGUUGUAAUUUACUUGGAAUUGGCAAUUUAGUAUAUUCACAAAAUCCAGUUGAUAAUAAUAAUGAUAAUGAUAAUGAUGAUGAUGAUGAUAAUGAUAGAACAGCUUUUGAGGCUGCAUUUCAAGGUAAAUGUGGUCACAAUUCACCUUGUGAACAAUUGUGCUAUGAGUUACAUGAUGGCAUGUAUGAAUGUGACUGCAAAGAUGGAUUUGUACUUCAUAAAAAUGGCUACAGUUGUGGUGUUUUAAACACGACACUAAACUCGUCAAUGAAUGAUUCUCAUAAUGAUGUGAUUGAUAAGGUAAUUGAAGAGCGAGACAACAAGGAGGUACUUUAUAUGCCUGAAGCAUCAUUUACGAUACAUGCUUCUUCUCCAGCUGUUGAUAACAAUAGCAAUAACAAUAAUAAUUAUUAUUAUAAUCGUAAAAAAAUUAAAAAAAAUAAAGAAACCAAUGAAAUUCCAGAUUUACCAAUAAAUAAACUCCACAUUAACUCGAACAUCAAGAUGAAUGUGGAAAAAAAUAUUUCAAUAACAACAAGUAGUCCAAGUAGUCCAACUACAAUAACAGAACCACCAUGUAAUCUUAAUUGUGGACCAAUUGGUAAUUGUUAUAUUGAACAACUUCAUGAAAAUGAUGAUGAUGAUCAAGAUGAUCAAGAAAAUAUUACAAAUAGCAUUGAUAAUACAUCAGAACAAAAACGUCGGUCUUUGUUUAAACAUCGAUGUCAAUGUCCACUGGGUAAAAGUGGCACUUAUUGUCAAAAUGAUGUCAAAAUUAAAUCACCACGUUUUACUGGUUUUGGCUGGUUGGCAUUUUCUCCACUAAAAGCAGCAUAUAAACAUGUACAAUUAAAUAUAGAUUUUCGUCCAGAAGCAUGGGAUGGAAUUAUUCUUCUUACUGGUGAACGUGAUGAUCUUCAAGGUGAUUUUAUGGCUGUUAUUCUUCAUCAUGGAUUUAUUGAGUUUAGAUUUGAUUGUGGAAGUGGUGUUGGAAUUGUCAGAAGUACAGAAACUGUCAAGUUAAAUGAAUGGAAUAGCCUAAAUGUAUUUAGACAUCGUUGGGAUGCUUGGAUACAAUUAAAUUCAGAUAAAAGAGUUCAAGGAAGAUCAAAGGGUUUAUUUUCGAGAAUAACAUUUCAAGAACCAUUGUUUGUUGGUGGUCCUGGUAAUACAUCUGGACUUGAAAGACUUCCAGUUAAAAUUGGAUUCAAAGGAUGUAUUAGACAUUUUGAAGCCAAUGAGCAUCAUUAUCGUUUUUUCUUGACACCACAAGGUGAUACUGUUGCUGGUUUUGACGUUGAUGAAUGUACAGCAGAUAGAUGUAGCAAAGUUCCAUGUUCUCAUGGUGGUAAAUGCUUAACAACAGGUGGAGAUACAGCAGUUUGUUUGUGUCCACUUGGUUAUACUGGUGACUUGUGUGAGACCCGAGUUGAUCUUCAGGUGCCGUCAUUCAAUGGUUCAUCUUAUUUACGAUAUCCUGGUCUUGGUGAUACAUCUUUAUCUUGGCUUGAAUUUUCAGUUACAAUAAAGCCAUUAGCACUUGAUGGUGUAUUAUUAUAUAAUGGACAUCACAGUGAUAAUUCAACUGGUGAUUUUAUUGCAUUGUAUUUAUUGUCUGGUCAUGUGACAUUCACUUUCGAUUUGGGCAGUGGUCCAGCUACUCUCAGGAGUAAAUAUCCAGUUAAAUUGGGUGAAUGGCUAGAGGUGAGAGUAUCAAGAACAGGAAGACUUGCAUCAUUAGAAGUAGAAAAUGAGCCAGCACAAGAAAUUCUUGCUCCUGGAGCUUUUACACAAUUAUCAUUACCACUUAAUUUGUAUCUCGGUGGUGCUCCAUCAAUUGAUAUAUUUACAAAAAAAAUUAAAACAACUGCAAGCUUUGUCGGUUGUAUACAAACAAUUGUACUCAAUCAUCGAGAGAUUGGAAUAUUGGCUGAAGCACUUGGUGGUGUUAAUGUUGGUAAUUGUGGUCAUGCAUGUGAAGCUCGACCAUGUGGUGAUGCUGAAUGUCGACCAUUCAGAGAACGUUUUACCUGUAGAUGUAAUCCAACUUUUCCACAUCCUUGUCCAGCUAAAUCAACUGAUGAUGAUAAUAAUAAUAAUCAUUAUUAUUUUGAUGAAUAUUUAUUAAAUCCAAGUACUUCGGAAAUAACUAAAUAUGAAAAAAGUGUUCCAAGUUUUGUUGGUAUUGACAGUUAUUUACAUUACAGUGAUGCAGAUACAAUGAAAAGAAUUAUAAGCUAUCGAGUUGAUAUUAAUAUGCGAUUUAGAACAAGUAGUAGUCAUGGAUUAUUACUUUGGAGUGGUAGACAAUCGGAUAAACAACAAUCAAAAGAUGAAAAUGAUGAUUAUUUAUCAGUUGGUUUGAAUAAUGGUUAUUUGACACUUGCUUAUAAUCUUGGUUCGGGUGAGGCAAUACUUGAAUAUAAUUUUACAAAAUUAAAUGAUGAUUUGUGGCAUCGAGUAAGAGCAGUCAGAAAUGAGCAAUGGGCAUCAUUAGUUGUUGACAGUGGUACUGGUGUGUCUGCAUCUUCACCAGGACAAUUAAGAGAAUUAAAUACAGAUACUGGUCUUUACAUUGGUGGAGCUCCAGAUAUUGUGCAAACAACUGAUGGAAAAUAUAAACGUGGAAUUGUUGGUUGCAUAAGUGAUCUUGUGCUUGAUUCAGAUUUUUCAGUUGUUUUAUCUUCACCUGAACAAGCAACAAAUACACACUCGUGCAUUCCAUGAGUAAGUUAUUAUUACAAUUUAACUCCAAUAGAUUUUAUGCGGGAUCAAAAAUUGUGAAAUUGAGUUAAUUAGUAUAGUACAAUGAAUUGUUGAAUGUGUGAGUGUAUCAUUAUAAAAAGUCAUUAGAUAUUAUUAUUAUUAUUAUUAUUAUUAUCAUUAUUUGUUUUUUUAAUUUUAAUAAAAAAUAAAUAAAUAUACUUAAUCAUGUAAAAAUAAAUAUUAUAAAAUUUAACAUUAAUUUAUCAUGAGACGUGGCCUAAGAUUCACAAAAAAAAAAAAAUUAAAAUACCGGUGUUUAUGUCAAUUUUACUAUAUAAUAAUGAUAAUAAUAAUAAUAAUAAUAAUUUAUAAAUAAAUUGUUAUUAUAUGCUUUGUAUUCGUGUUGUAAUAAAUUAUAAAAAUAAUAUCAAAUCACGAGCAUCAUCUUAUCUUGAAUAAUAAUUAAAUAUAAAUAAAAUAUACGCACUGAUUAGAAAAAUUAAAUUUUUGUUUUUUCAAAUUAUAAAAUAAAUGUCUUUUGUGAUUUGUACUGCUAUACAAUAUUAUAUCUUUUAAAAUAUAUGAAAAUUUUUAAACGAGCAAUUACAGGGUGCGUGGGGGUGUGCAAUUACAAUUAUUUUUAUUAUAUAAAAAUUAAACAAUGAUGAUGGAAAAAAAAUAAAUAAAAAACUAAUGGAUCAACUGGUGAGUUGAUAUUUGCAAUAAAAAAAGGACGAUAAUGCCUUGCGUCAUAUCUACUUACUAUAAUAAA